CAUCCUGCACAGUAGGUGGCGGGGUGUACAUUAAAUUGUGUGAUCGCAAUAUACCAUAGAACAAGUUCUGGUAUGCGUUAGCAUUGGGAAGUCAGAUAAAGCGUUUUUAUCAAAAGCUAUUACUUUCACAUGUAAAAACACGGAAUCCUACUCAUUACUACACGUUAUUAAUCUAUGUUGCUUUUGUUUUGAGCCGACUUCGUCGUCGUCCAGAACGAGGCACUCUGCUCCAAAUUGAAUGCAAUCAACGUUAACCCGGUUCACCCGGGGCAUUAAUCGAAUCCCCUCAAUGGCGGGGUGCGCGGUCGCACUGAUGAAAACCGAGCCGCGGCUCUUAUGCACAGUUCAUUAUCUAGCUUCACACGGGUCUUAUUAUCUGUGUCGAUUGUAGGCUAUGUGCUGCCGUUUACAGUCACUGUCAGAGCAUGGAACCUUUGCGGAAAGAGGCGAAGGAUAAUCCAUCGGCUACAGCUAAUCUUCUUUCCAAGAUUUUCUUCUGCUGGCUGAAUCCUUUAUUCCGUAUUGGCUAUAAGCGGAGGCUAGAGGAACAUGACAUGUACAAAGUUCUCCCAGAGGAUGGAUCUGAGAGACUAGGAGAAGAUUUACAGUGGUACUGGGAUCAAGAAGUACAGAGGGCUGCUAAGGACCUGCGGACACCCAAACUAACCAAAGUCCUCAUUGCGUGCUAUUGGCGGUCCUAUUCUGUCAUAGGAAUAUUUACUCUCAUUGAGGAAAUUAUCAAAGUGAUUCAGCCAGUACUUCUUGGGAAGCUCAUCCGGUAUUUUGAGAGCAAUGACCCUGACAACAUGGAUGCUCUGUAUGAGGCCUGUGGCUAUGCUGCAGGGGUCUCCCUGUCCACCCUGGGUCUGGCUGCUCUGCACCACCUCUACUUCUACCACGUGCAGCGAGCCGGCAUGAAGAUCCGGGUGGCCAUGUGUCACAUGAUCUAUCGGAAAGCCCUCUGUCUUAACAGCACAGCGCUGGGAAAAACCACCACUGGACAAAUCGUCAACCUCUUAUCCAACGACGUCAACAAGUUUGAUGAGGUCACUAUCUUUUUGCACUUCCUCUGGGUGGGUCCUCUACAAGCAGCAGCUGUGAUGGUGUUGUUAUGGUAUGAGAUCGGCCCAUCAUGCCUUGCAGGAAUGGCCGUCCUGGUCUUCCUGAUGCCUAUACAGACUCUGUUUGGUCGCCUGUUCUCCUCUUUCAGGGGCACAACCGCAGCCUUGACAGACAACAGAAUACGCACAAUGAAUGAAGUGGUCUCUGGGAUCCGGAUCAUCAAGAUGUAUGCCUGGGAGAAGCCUUUUGCAGCUCUGGUAGAUGAAGUCAGAAGGAAGGAGAUCUCCAAGAUCAUGAAGAGCUCUUACCUGAGAGGCCUCAACAUGGCCUCCUUCUUUGUGGCCAGCAAGAUCAUAGUCUUCAUCACCUUCACUGUCUAUGUGUUGACGGGGAACAGGAUCUCUGCCAGCCGGGUAUUUGUGGCCGUUUCUCUGUACGGGGCUGUGAGACUCACCGUCACCCUCUUCUUCCCCAAUGCCGUAGAGAAGGUCUCUGAGGCUCUCAUCAGCAUCCGCAGGAUCAAGAAUUUUCUUAUGUUGGAGGAAGUUGGUUCGACGCAGGAUCUUGGACUCCCUGUGGCAGAGAAGAAGGACUGUAUGGUGGAAAUAAAGGAUUUAAUCUGCUUCUGGAACAAGGCACUAGACUCUCCGACGCUGCAGAACCUGUCUUUCACUUUGAGGUCAGAGCAACUCCUGGCUGUCAUUGGACCAGUCGGGGCUGGAAAGUCCUCUCUACUCAGCACCAUCCUGGGGGAGCUGACCCCGGAUAAGGGUGUGGUCAAGUUCAAAGGUGAACUGACCUAUGCAUCCCAGCAGCCCUGGAUUUUCCCAGGGACCAUCAGGAGUAACAUCCUGUUUGGCAAAGCGCUCCACCCUCAGAAGUAUGAGAGGGUUCUCCGAGCCUGCGCCCUCAAGAGAGACAUGGAGCUGCUGCCUGAUGGGGACCUGGAGGUGAUAGGGGACAGAGGAGCCACCCUCAGCGGGGGACAGAAGGCCCGGGUCAGCCUGGCCAGAGCAGUGUACCAGGAUGCUGAUAUCUACCUGCUGGAUGACCCUCUCAGUGCUGUGGAUGCUGAGGUGGGGAAACACCUCUUUGAGCAGUGUAUCUGUGGCCUGUUGCGGAAGAAGCCGCGCAUCCUUGUCACCCACCAGUUGCAGUACCUGAAGGCUGCAGACCAGAUCCUAGUUCUGAAGGAAGGUCACAUGGUGGCGCAGGGUACGUUCACGGAACUCCAGGGCUCUGGAUUAGACUUCACCUCGCUGCUGAAAAAGGAUGAGGAGGAUGAGGAGGAGGGGAAGGAGGGCACAGAGCCUGCCCCAGGCACACUCACCGGCUCCCCACACACCCUAUCCCAGAGCUCUAUGCCCUCCCUCUCCUCCUCCAUGCAUUCUGUGAUGGAGGGAGUGGACCAACCAGAGCCAGUGCAACACGUGUUGGAGGAGAGUCGUUCAGAGGGAACCAUCGGUCUCCAUCUUUAUCUGAAGUACUUCAGAGCAGGUGCUAACAACUUGGUUCUCCUGGCCCUAGUUUUCCUUAACCUGCUGGCACAUAUCACAUAUAUUCUACAGGAUUGGUGGCUUGCUUACUGGGCCUCUGAACAGGAGCAUCUCAAUGUGACGGAGCCCAUCCACAAUGGCAGCAGUGCCACUCAGCAGCUGGACCUUGACCUUUACUUGGGUGUUUACGCAGGUUUAACAGGGGCCACCAUCAUAUUUGGCUUCCUGCGUAGUCUUGUGUUCUUCAACGUCCUGGUGAACUCAGCCCAGACCCUCCACAACCGCAUGUUCACCGCCAUUCUCCGCACCCCUGUCCGCUUCUUUGACGUCAAUCCCAUUGGAAGAAUCCUCAACAGGUUCUCUAAGGACAUUGGUUACCUGGACUCUCUGCUGCCCUGGACCUUUGUGGACUUUAUCCAGGUGUUCCUGCAGAUCCUGGGGGUGAUCAUCGUGGCGGCCGCCGUCAUCCCCUGGAUCCUCAUCCCCGUCGUCCCUCUACUCGUCGUCUUCCUGUUCCUGCGACGCUACUUCCUGCAGACCUCCAGGGACAUCAAGCGCCUGGAGUCCACUACCCGGAGCCCAGUUUUCUCCCACCUGUCCUCAUCCCUCCAAGGUCUGUGGACCAUCCGUGCCUUUAAAGCCCAGCAGAGGUUCCAGCAGGCAUUUGACGCACAUCAAGACCUCCACUCCGAGGCCUGGUUCCUAUUCCUGACCACAUCCCGAUGGUUCGCUCUGCGUCUGGAUGGCAUCUGCUCCAUAUUUGUCACCCUCACUACCUUUGGCUGCCUGUUCCUCAGGGAUGACUUGAAGGCAGGUGCUGUGGGCCUGGCUCUGUCCUAUGCAGUAACACUCGUCGGCAUGUUUCAGUGGGGAGUCAGACAGAGUGCGGAGGUGGAGAACAUGAUGACUUCUGUGGAAAGGGUGGUGGAGUACACAGAACUGGAGAGCGAAGCACCUUGGGAGACAGACAAACGGCCUCCGCCUGAUUGGCCACAGCAUGGUUUCAUCACCUUCGACCAGGUCAACUUCUCCUACCAUGCGGACAGUCCUCCGGUCCUAAAGGAUAUUACUGCGGUCUUCAGAUCCAGAGAAAAGGUUGGCAUCGUGGGGCGGACUGGCGCUGGUAAAAGCUCCCUGAUCUCUGCUCUGUUCCGUCUGGCUGAACCUGAUGGCAGGAUUUCCAUUGACGGCGUUCUCACCGCCGAGAUCGGCCUGCAUACCCUGCGCCAGAGAAUCUCCAUCAUCCCCCAGGACCCGGUUCUCUUCACGGGCACCAUGAGGAAGAAUCUGGACCCUUUCAGCCAGCACACAGACGAGGACCUGUGGAAUGCACUGGGAGAGGUGCAGCUGAGGACCGUGGUGGAGGAGCUGCCUGGGAGGCUGGAGACCGUGCUGGCUGAGUCGGGCUCCAACUUCAGCGUGGGGCAGAGGCAGCUAGUCUGUCUGGCCAGGGCCAUCCUCAGACGGAACAAAAUCCUCAUCAUCGAUGAGGCCACCGCUAACGUGGACCCCAGAACCGACGGCCUUAUCCAGCAGACCAUCCAGGAGAAGUUCAGGGAGUGUACUGUGCUCACCAUCGCCCACCGACUCAACACUAUCAUCGACUGUGACCGGAUCCUGGUUCUAGAUGCUGGGAGGAUCCAGGAAUAUGAUGAGCCCUACGUUCUGCUUCAGAACCAGGAAGGAGUGUUCUACCAGACGGUCCAGCAGACAGGCAAGGCAGAGGCAGCCUCCCUGCUCCAUGCAGCCAAACAGGUUCAUAUGAACAAAAGCCAUCCCAAUGUGAUCAACGGACUGACGGACCUGAGACCGUCCGAGGGGAGCUGUGUCAUCUUUGAGACGGCCCUGUGACACCGUUGUCUGACCUUUUCACCCCUGUAAUGUGGCCCUCUGUGCUGGCCACACCAUGAGGAUGCCUCACAUACUGUACCAGAGGUGACCAAAUAUUAUCCAGCUCUUGAUUUCACAAUGCCUUCUUCAACACCGCUGGCAAAGGUGUGGCGAUCAGGCGUUUUGCUUUAGCACUUUUCAGUUAUAUGGGGCAGUGCCCCACCAGUUAUGAUUUGGGUUAAUACUUCUUUUUAAAUACGCAAAAGUGUUAAAACAGGGACUAAGUAGGCCUACUGUUUUUUUAUUUAAUUUUUUUAGACUCACCUGCCUUGCCUCCUAAUCUGUCAAUUCGCACACUAUGUACUUCUCAUCAGAGUGCUGUGUGGGUGUUGACCUGUCAGAUUCAUGAAAAUCACAGGUCACGCGAAUCAGGCAUGACGCACGUCUAUAGACUCGGAUAUUAUUUUAGCAAACAAGGUAAGAACUCACUCCCGACAGACCCAAGCAAAACCUCUUUACAGAAACAUUGUAGCAGCCUACACCUAAACAUUAGUGAUCUGACAUGCUGUAUCAGUCUGAGCAACUGUAGGCCUCUAUGCGACCUGUCCCAUCUGGCUAGGGGAAAUGAAGCGGUAACGUUCACAGCCUAAGCCAAUUUAUUUGUGUUAAGAGAAAUUGUGAAUAUGAUCCAAUUUGGGAUGGAACUUUUGGGGGGGGGGGGGGGUAGUGGCCAUUUCAAUCCCUGGGCCUGCCCUACAGCGUUUCCAAUGGAAGGAAAGCGGUGAGAAGCAGUGGGCAGGGGAACGUUUGGGGGUGACGGGAGCUGAACAGGGUGGGACUAAAGUUGGGCAAAUUGUAUCACGACGCGAGAUAUGUUUGGUUGUGUUCAAAUCAAAAUCCCCUGCCUAAUGGAACAGCCAAAGAGAAGGCCAACUUUCCUAACAACUUUCCUAACUGCCAAAAAUGCCUUUCACUUAAACAAUAGGGAUAAACAAGAAAUAUUAGUUUUAGGCUUAGCCUACUGGAAUUCCUUACAUUCUUGUUGUUUUCAGUAAAACAAAAUCACCUGGGGCGACUUUAGAGCAAGCUCAACUUGCCCGACUGCUCAGUUCACUUGCCCCAGGCAAUAGGGCAACCCUUAAGGUUCCUGCUAUAACUAGGUUCUGGAGUUUUACCUGUUUACCAUCAGGAGAAGAAAAAAUAUUUCCCAGCCCUCUGGGAGCUGUGGUGCCACCUCGGUGUGUCACGUGAUCAGCAUACAUAGGCUAUGGGUCCAUAACUGCCCAGGAGCAAUUGUUUAAAGCAAUGUGUGCCUUUUAUUGAAACAAAUGACUGGUUGUGUUGUAUUGAUUGUUUUGCGAUAUUUGUUUUUGUAUGUGUGUUGCAUGGCCCCUGGGGUAGGAUUAUUCACAAUCCUGCAUUUGGUUGCAUGUAAAGAUUUAGGGGUGUGGAGUGUAUAAAAAAGUAGCUUAUACUGGUUGGAUACACAUUUUAGGUUAUUCCGAAUAAAACCUACCUAGCUGACAGUGGGUUUGACCAGUGAGUGAAUAGUUUUUAAGUCAAAUUUGAUUUUGUACUUGUUUAAAAAUAGAAGAGGAUACAUGUCUUAUUGUUUUCAAUAAUCAUUGUGCCUUGAUCAGAAUAUCGAUCCUUUGUAAUUGCACUGUGUUCAUUGAUUGUCUUUUAAGACCAGAUUUGGUCUUCUUGCACUCUGCGUAGAAUGACUAUUGCUACCUCUGUUUUUGGAAUAAAGCUGUGGAUGAAAAGCAGGUCAGAAGUAGAUGGUUUGUGUGUUCGCAUGUAUACUAGAUGACCACUCAAAGAGCUUAUGAAAUGAUGCGAAAGGCAUGAAUGCUUUUGAAGAAAAUCCUUGUGUGUACUAUCAACAUGUUUUUCCCCACUCUGAUCAUCUGAGCUACAUAUGCUGCUUAUGUUAUAUGUAUGCGGUUAUGGAACUGUAACCAUUGAUUCACUGUUUCAGUUUGUGGGACUACUACCAUCAGAUGAUUGACUCUUAAACUUUAUCAAUAAGCCAUGCAACAAAUCAAGACACCAUAUGACCAUUAAAGAUGCAAUAUGAAUGUAAUCCAAUGAAUAAAAACUGUAUUAUUUGAA